CUCGAGGCUGGCCAUCAGUGACUAGGCCCUCAUUUGUUUGGGUCAUCGUUGGAAGAACGUCUGUACAUGUGAUCUUAGAGUCGGUUUUAUAGGAUGAGAGUCUGUUGCGGAGUAGGCCGCAGCAGUCAUACGCUGUCACAAUAUAAUACGUAGCCGCUGACCAAAUAUAGCGAUGUGCCGGCGCUGGCUUAAUUAUCCACAGGCCAGGCCUAGCACUGGGCUCACCCACCAUCAUAUGCACUUGAAAUUGACUUUCACAGAGUUUUCGAAACAUGGAUGAUUUUGUUGCUUGGUUUCAACACAAUGGUGGGGUCUUGGAUACUUCGAUGAUGGCCAUCGCCGAUUUUCCUGGCAGUGGACGUGGUGCGGUCGCACUCCAGGAUAUGCCUGAAAACCAUACAAUUUUCACGCUUCCUCGUUCAUUAACACUUUCAACUCAGACCUCGAGCCUUCCUUCUGCAUUCGGUUUUGAAGAAUGGAAAAAGCACAAACUGCACAAGGGUUGGGUCGGGCUGAUUCUUUGUAUGAUGUGGGAGGAAGCUCAAGGAAACCAAGGAAAGUGGAUUACAUAUCUUGCGUCGCUCCCGACGCAAUUUGACACCCCAAUAUUCUGGAGUGACGAAGAACUACAAGAGCUCCAAGGGACGGCUGUGGUAGACAAGAUAGGUCGGGAUGAGGCUGAACGCGACUAUCACGAGAAGCUAACUCCGGCGAUCAAGACUCGACCGGAUCUUUUCCCCUCCGAUAAAAUCAAUACAUGGUACACACUUCAUCAGUACCAUAUUACAGGCAGCCGAAUUCUAUCUCGAAGCUUCAAUGUAGAGAGGUGGGAAGGUGAAAUUGAACAGGAGGCCGAACAUGUCACAGAAGAAGACAGUAACGAGGACACCCAGGCUAACACGAGUGUUGGGAGCGCAAUGGAUGUUGACGAUUCCGGAGACGGUGGUGGAGCUGUGGGUGAAGAAAGCAGUGACAGAGAUAGUGAUGAUGAGGAGAUAGAGGAUACAUCGGAUAUUGCAAUGGUGCCUAUGGCUGAUAUUCUGAAUGCUCGAUAUGACUCUGUCAAUGCGAAACUUUUCUACGAGAAGCACCAUCUUCAAAUGGUCACUACGAAGCCCAUCAAAGCUGGAGAACAAAUAUUCAAUACAUACGGCGACCUGCCCAACUCAGACCUGCUCCGGCGCUACGGACAUGUUGAUCUCGUGCCUUGUCCCCAUCUAAAGGGUUCGCUUGGAAAUCCACAAGACGUCGUGGAGAUACGAGCAGACCUUGUUUUCAACGUUGUUUGUGGUGAUCUAUCUACUGGCGAGACAUAUCGACGACGGAUCGACUGGUGGCUCGACGAAGGGGGCGAUGAUGUUUUCAUUAUCGACGCAGACCCAGUUCUCCCGGCAGCGCUAACAUCUUUCAUAAGACUUCUACUUCUCACCCAAGAAGAAUGGGAAAAAACACGGGAGAAAGGGCGUUUCCCGAAAGCCAAGUUUGAUAACCAAGUCUCUCCAUUAUUACGAAGAAUAUUCGAGAUGCGCUUGACUAGUUAUCAAUCGCCAGAUCUUGAAGUUGACGCAAAGCUUCUUGCAUCCGAAUCACUCACGCUCAACAAGAGACAUGCCAUCGUAGUGCGGCUCGGGGAGAAGCAGAUUCUAGCGGGCGCACUUGAAACCCUGCGCUUCAUGGAUGCGGCCUUGACUGACGUCGGGAGUAAUGGAUCUAAAGGCAAGAGGCGUGUGGCAAGUGGGGGUACGACGGGUGGAGGAAAAUCGAAAAAGGCCAGGCAUUGACCCUAAGAAGGCCUAUGCACGGACCGACUCAUUCACGUCUUCUGCUCAUGGUUGUUAUCGACAUGCAGUGCAGAAGAACGGAGAGUACCGAGGUUCUGUCACUAGCCACUACUAGUAUACCGACUAACCUUCCAACAGUAACUUGUACGCAUCACAUCGGUGUGUAACUGGCCAAAGAGACAAUGCUGCAUUCUAUUGGGCGAAAUUCUAACCUAUAGUUGGCAAACAAAACUGCACGAGGCAGCCAAUAAUGCACUACAGUUCCUCCCGUGAUCAAAGCGGCUUAUAAAAUUAUUCAGAUGACGUCCC